GAAGAAAACAAUAAAGAGAAAAUUACAAAAAUUCGUCUAACUACGUAUGUGUGUACGUGCUAAAGUGCAAAUAAUAAUAAUAAUCAUCAAAUAAACACAAAAAAGAACUGUGCAAAAUAUUAUUCAUACCGUCUUUUACUAAAUUCUGACAAAUUUUCCACAACAAAUUAAGAAAAAAAACGCUAAAAAUGACAGUAAUUGCUGGCGGUCAUGGUGAACCAAAUCCGAAUAGCACUUGGCUAGGAGCGCGUGGCAUGUGGUUGGCCUAUUUUCUGGGAGUCUUAGCGGCUCAUUUGAUACUGCUGUCGGUGCCAUUUAUAAGCAUUCCCAUGGCCUGGACUUUAACAAAUCUAAUGCAUAAUGCGGCCCAUUUAUACUUCCUGCAUAUAAUAAAGGGGGCACCCUGGUUUUCGAUUGAAAAUGAUACCGGUCGUCAGCUAACACACUGGGAACAAAUCGAUGAUGGUGAACAAUUCACAGCAACACGUAAAUUCUUAACAGCAGUGCCCAUUGUUUUAUUCCUGCUCUGUUGUUUGUAUACCCGCAAUGACACCGAUCAUUUUAUAGCCAAUUUUAUUUCAUUGGUCAUUGUUACUCUACCCAAAUUGCCACAGUUUCAUGGUGUACGCUUGUUUAAUAUUAACAAAUAUUAAUUGUUCUACCAUUUUCGGAUUAAUUCCUAAAAAACGUAUUUGGAAAAAAGUGCUAAAUUAGUUUUAAAUCGGUGGUAAUUUAUUCAUAAAUGUUGGUACUACAGACUGAGUUUAUUCUUUUAGAUCUGUAUGGUCUAAAAUUUAAUGAUAACACAUAUAUUAUUAUAAUAAUAAGCUUAUCUUAUUUGCACCUUUGUUUUAAACAGUAACUCCAUUUAAAAUUGUUAUUUACUACAACAUAAAAUGUUUGAAAACUAAUCACUUUUUAUUUAGGUAACUGCUUACAAGAUUUGCUGGUUUAAUAAGAAAUUCAUUGAAAUUGUAAUUAAUUGUUUUAUAUUUAAUAAUAUGUAUGUAGUUUUUUUUUCUUUUUAUUUCUUGUUACGAAAAUAUUAAUAAAUAGAUGUGUAUUUAUGAAUGUCCUAAAAUUUCAAU